UAAGGUAUGAUACAGUGUGACAUUUAUGGUGUAGCUAACAAUCCUCAUGUGUGAUACAUGAUGGUAUGAUAUCAGGGUCCAUGUACCAAUGCCCCCUAAGACUGUUCUUUGACAACAGUGAUUAUAGCUCACGUAUAGCUGCAGAGGCUCUCUAUUCAUUUAGUCUAAUGUGACGGAUAUGAAACUCGUAACGAUUACAUGAUCAAAGUCAACAAACAUAGAUGUCAAGGGUAGAGUAGGACACAAAUGGAUAUAUUUCUCUGUUUCCUCUGGAUGUAGGAUUCUUGACGAAAAUAGAAUCACAUCUAUGAGACAGAAAUCGUUUGAGGGCCUGAAAUCUUUAUUUUUCCUGUCUUUGCUGAAUAAUUCCCUAGAAUCCAUCCCUAAGAAAUCUGUCUGCCUGGAAAUGCCGAGAUUAAACUGGCUAGAACUGGAGGGGAACAGGAUAUCAUCUUUGUGGGUUUCCAGCUUUCAAAACUGCACCACUCUGACAGUAUUGGCUCUUCGAAAAAACAGAGUACAAACCAUUGAGGAGGGAAUAUUUUUUGGAAUGCCAAACCUGAUAGACCUGUGAGUUAACUGUACUUAACACAACAUUAUACGGGUCAAAUAAUGUUGUAAAAUGUCCAAAUACAGUAAUGUAUUUCAUUGUUGAAAAUAUUUUUUUUAUCAUUCCAGGGACAUAUCUGUAAACAAAUUUGAGGAGUUCUCCUCAACUAUGUUCAGAAAUCUUCUAAACCUAAAACAGUUGAACAUCUCAAAUAACCCUCUAACUCAUAUUUAUGAGGAUCAGUUUGACAUGUUUGUCAAUUUGCAAUCCCUGUAAGUAAUAGUUUUAUUUCAUAAAGUACUUAUGUGUCAUGGUCUACUAGCUUUAGGCAAUUGGAGAAAGAGUAAUGUUUUUGCUCCCCUCAGGAGUAUAGAGGAGGUAGAAAUACCAAACAUCAGUAUUCAGAUGUUUCGCUCUCUUAGCAACUUGUCCCAUAUUUAUUUUAAGAAAUUUGAAUACUGUGGCUACUCUCCUAACGUGCGAAGUUGCAAGCCAAACACUGACGGAAUUUCAACAUUUGAGAAUCUUCUUGCGAACAUCAUCCUUCGUGUUUUUGUGUGGGUGGUGGCCUUCAUCAUCUGCUUCGGCAACAUCUUUGUGAUCUGCCUGAGGUCUUGCAUUGCAUCUGAAAACCAGCACCACACCAUGGCCAUCAUAUCACUGUGCUGUGCUGACUGCCUCAUGGGAGUCUACCUGUUCUUCAUCGGUGCGUUUGAUAUCAAGUACUGUGGAGAGUACAACAGACAUGCCCAGCUGUGGAUGGAGAGCCUACAGUGCCAGUUGAUUGGCUGUCUGGCCAUGCUGUCCACUGAGGUGUCAGUCAUGCUUCUGACAUACAUGACUCUGGAGAAGUACCUGUGCAUUGUGUUCCCCUUCCACAACUACAGAGCCGGACGUAAACAGACGCUCUGCUAUCUCAUCCUCAUCUGGGUCCUGGGCUUCAUUAUUGCUGUCAUUCCCUUAUGGGACAAGCAGACAUUCGGGAAUUACUAUGGCAGGAAUGGAGUGUGUUUUCCACUUCACUCAGACGAGAUGGAGAAACCAGGGGCCCGAUGCUACUCCACUGGAAUAUUCCUGGGAUUGAAUCUCUUUGCAUUCAUCAUGAUCGUCUUCUCCUACACCAGCAUGUUUUACUCUGUACAGAAAACAGCUAAGACAGCAAGACAGUCUGUCUACAACAAGGAGGUCUCUAUAGCCAAGAGGUUUUUCUUCAUCGUUUUCACAGAUGCCAUGUGUUGGACACCUAUAUUCAUCCUAAAGAUCCUCUCCCUUUUACGAGUGGAAAUAGCAGGAACAAUCAUUCUAUGGGUGGUGAUCUUCAUCCUGCCCAUCAAUAGUGCCCUAAACCCCAUUCUAUACACCAUCACUGCCAGCUCCUUCCAGGAGAAACUCAAGCUCUGCUUGAAGGCCAAGUGCAAACAGACUGGGCUCAGGGAAACGUCCCAAAAAGUAUCUGAAGUCUACCAGAACCCCAGCGCUCCCCCUUAACAAAAGGACCCUCUCAGUCAGGGAGCUUGCCAACCGUCCUCUUGGAGAGCUACUGCCUGGGUAUGCAGGCUUUUGUUCCAGCUCUUCUGGAAAACACUAAAUUUAAACAUCAAGAUCUGGCUAAGCUUCUGAUUAGUAGGAUCAGUGUGCUUGAGCAGGGCUUGAGCAAAGCCUGCAUACUGAGUGGCUCUCCAGGAGGAGGGUUGGCUGCCCAUGUCCUUAUUUUAUAGGGGGAGAUAUGUAUUCUUGUAAUUAUUCUUUACCAGCAAGAGAACACGCUUUCUGGGAACCAAUUUAUUAACACAUGUUUUGUGUGAAUACAGUUAUUGUAAACACAGAUGUGCAGAAUCACAAAUUAUUUUGCAUACCCAAUUGAUAUUACACAAAUUGUAUUGUAUAAAUGUAU